AUGACCUCCCGAAUGCGCCUCCAGCCCGUACCCCCGGAGCAGCUGGACCCGGCGCAGCGGGCCCUGUACGACGACGUGGUGGACAACAUCGUCAAGACGCUCGACGGGCAGCAGUCGUUCAUCACGCGGGACGGCUCCGGCGCGCUGCUGGGCCCGUGGAACGCGUGGAUCCACGAGCCCGUCGUCGGCGCCGCCAUGUGGCACCUCAGCAAGGUCAUGUUCCGGGCCGCGACGCUGCCGGAGACGCUGCGCCAGGUCGCCAUCCUGACCGUCGGCUCGCACUACCGCGCCGCCUACGAGGUCUACGCCCACUCGGGCCUGUCGCGCCACUACUUCGCCCCGGACCAGGUCGCCGCCCUGGCGCGCGGCGAGGUUCCCGAGGGCGGUCUCUCGCCCGACGAAACGCUCGUGCACGACAUCUCCAAAUCCCUGGUGUCGGGAGGUCCGCUGUCCGACGACCUCUACGCCCAGGGCGUCCGUGUCCUCGGCCAGAAGAUGUUGUCCGAGCUGAUCUUCCUCGUGUCGCUGUACGCUUUGGUGUCGGUCAACCUCAACGGGUUCAACGUCCCCAUACCUACCGAGGGGUCAUAG